AUGUCAGCCCCCCAGCAGUAUACAGUCGGCUGGAUCUCGGCUAUCCCGACCGAGUCUGUCGCUGCGCAGCAGUUCCUCGAUGAGCGACAUGACGGCCCUGAAAGCGUUGCCCAGAAUGACAAUAACGUGUACACCCUGGGUAGGAUCGGACGGCACAACGUUGUGAUGGCUGUCCUGCCUAAGGGGGAGUACGGAACGACAACCGCGGCCACUGUGGCGAAGGACAUGUUGCAUAGCUUUCCCAACGUACGAAUCGGGCUAAUGGUUGGCAUUGGUGGUGGUGCGCCAAGUUCGAAGCACGAUAUACGCCUCGGCGACAUUGUGAUUAGUAGUCACGAAGGGAAUUCAGGCGGGGUCCUCCAGUAUGACUACGGAAAGACCAUCCAAGAUCAGGCUUUCCACUACACAGGAUACCUAAAUCGGCCACCAACACUGCUUCGAGCGGCAGUAAGCGGACUGGAGACGCAGUACGAAGCUAACGGCCACCAGCUUGGAGCGCAAGUGGCUCAGAUUUUGGAAAAGAAACCGCGACUCCGAAAGAAGUACUCUCGGCCACCUGCGACGAGCGACAGGCUAUACCGGUCCGACGUUGUACAUCCCUCGGACUCAUCAAGUAGUUGCAAUGAGGUCUGCAACAACAAUCCGGAAUCCCUGGUAGACCGAGCAGAGCGAGGCGAAGAGGAGGACGAUCCCGCUAUCCAUUACGGAUUGAUUGCUAGUGGAAACCAACUGAUGAUGAACGCUUGUAUUCGGGACAAGCUAGCGGCAGAAAAGGGUGUCCUCUGCUUCGAAAUGGAGGCGGCGGGCCUAAUGAACCACUUCCCGUGCCUGGUAAUCCGCGGGAUAUGCGACUACUCUGACUCUCAUAAGAAUAAGGAGUGGCAAGGCUUUGCUUCGAUGAUGGCAGCGGCAUAUGCGAAGGAUCUUCUGCGUCAAAUUCCGCCUAAUAAGGUCGAGACUGAGAGACCUAUUGUUCAACAAAAUGUGCUGCAUUUACAGGAUACGGGGAAUAAAAUGUGGAUAGCAGUCGGGACUAUGCAUUACGACCAGACAAAGUCACAGCUUGCUAUUCAAUUCGCAUACCAAAUACAUACCGACUCACCUAAAACAAGCAUCUUCUGGGUGUAUGGAAGUAAGAGGGAGACAUUUGAAGAGUCUUAUAGAUCUAUCGCAGACGUUCUUGCCUUGCCUCAUCGCCAUGAUCCUGGCGUCAAUGUUCUAGCACUAGUCCGCGACUGGCUGCGGAGAGAGGACGUGGGCCCAUGGUUGAUGAUUGUCGAUAAUGCGGAUGAUGCGGAGAUGCUGUUUCAGAAGGAUAAGGGAAAAGAAAAUGCGCACGACACCAUUGCGGAGUACCUGCCGCAGUCGAAUAACGGCAGGGUUUUAAUCACAUCGCGGAGCUUAGAUGCCGCGGAGAAGCUCACCGGAUCUCACCAAACAAUCCUCAGGAUCCCCCCAAUGGAGCAAUCACAAGCUCUACAGCUUUUUCAAAACAAGCUAGGCGAAGAUCUCGACAUAGCCGCAGCUAUAGACCUCAUUCACACGCUCGAUUACAUCCCACUAGCGGUGAAUCAAGCAGCCGCGUUCAUCAGCUAUCGGGCUCCUCGAACGACCAUCCGCUCGUACCUAGAGGAGUUUCGGGAGAGCGACCGAAAAAAAACCAGUCUACUUGAGAGCGAUCGAGGCGACCUUCGACGGCACCAAGGGGUAUCUAACUCAGUCAUCAAGACGUGGCAGAUGACUUUUGAUCAAGUCAGGCGCGAGAGACCGCGUGCGGCUGACCUCCUUUCACUUAUGAGCUUCUUCCACGCUCAGAAUAUCCCUGAGUAUAUGUUGCACAGCUAUGACGGCGAUUCUUCGGAUGACAAAGGGUGCCAUCAAGCAGAAGAGCUUGCACAGAAGGCUACAAUAGCGAGAAAGGAGAUUUUAGGAGAUGAUCACCCCGACACGCUCAUUAGCAUGAGCAACUUGGCGUUGACGUACAGGAACCAGGGCCGAUGGGAGGAGGCUGAGAAGCUGCAGGUGCAGGUGGUGGAGACUUGCAAGGUGAAGCUUGGGGCUGAUCACCCCGACAGGCUCACUAGCAUGGCUAACUUGGCAUUAAUAUACAGGAACCAGGGCCGAUGGGAGGAGGCUGAGAAGCUGAAUGUGCAGGUGAUGGAGACUCGUAAGGGCCGAUGGGAGGAGGCUGAGAAGCUGGAGGUGCAGGUGAUGGAGAUGAGCAAGGUGAAGCUUGGGGAUGAUCACCCUAACACACUUACUAGCAUGGCCAACUUGGCGUUGACGCUUUGGAAGCAGGGCCGAUGGGAGGAGGCUGAGAAGCUGGAGGUGCAGGUGAUGGAGAUGCGCAAGGUGAAGCUUGGGAAUGAUCACCCUGACACACUUACUAGCAUGGCUAACCUUGCUCUUACUUGGAAAGAUCAGGGCCGACUUACAGAUGCGCUAGCUUUGAUGAGGAGCUGUGUCCAUGACGACACAUUCCAAAGCGGAGACGCCGGACUCGGCCCACUGAACCUCGACACCAUCAACCCAGGCGUUCUCCACGUCGAUUACGCCAUUAGGGGCCAACUCGCCGCGUUAGCCGGGCGUAUUUCUGCUGACCUCGCCGGCGGGGAUGACCACCACUGGCCAUUCAAGCGCAUCGUAUCGCUCAACUUGGGCAACCCCCAGGGCUGCGGCCAGAAGCCCCUCACUUUCUUUCGCCAGGUGCUCGCGUUGAUGCAGUACCCCGAGCUACUCGAACGCGCCGACGCUGCAAAUCUUGAUGGCGUGUUUCCAAGCGAUGCCGUCGAGAGGGCGAGGGCACUCUUGAAGGAGACGGGCUCGGUUGGGGCCUACAGUAGUAACUACGGGUUUCAGCAUGUCCGCGAGUCGGUUGCAAACUACAUCGGCAAAAGAGAUGGCUUUCCGUCUUCGCCCGAGGAUAUUUUCCUCGUCUGCGGCGCGUUUGAGGGAAUGCUCGUCUCCAUGACGCUGCUCAGCGGAAAUCACAUGCGCCAGAACGGAAAGAAAGUUGGCGUUUUGCUCCCUGUGCCAUUCUACUCUGUCUACCGCGCCCUCCUGGUAACCCUCGACAUCGAACCGCUCUAUUACCACUUGAAGGAAGACGACCAGUGGAGAGUCCCAGAAAAGGGAGAGAUCUCCCACAUCAUCAGAGAGGCGCGCGAUCGCGACGUCGAGGCGAGGUGCAUCGUCAUCAUCAAUCCGAGCAAUCCCACCGGCGCGGUGAGCAGCCGGGAUGACCUCGAGGCCCUUGUUGAGCUCGCAGCUGAAGAGAAGCUCUUGCUCCUCGCGGAUGAAGUGUACCAGGAGAACAUCUUUCCCGGCAACGAAUUCGUCAGCUACAAGAUCAUCCGCCGGCUUCAGGAACAGCGGGCUGCACAUGAGCUGUGCUACACAACCCUGCAGCUCAUCUCCCUCCACUCCGUAUCUAAGGGCAUGGCGGGUGAGGGGGGUCAACGAGGCGGCUACCUUGAGGCCGUAGGCUUUCCCCUGGAGAUCCACGAGCAGAUUCGCAAGCUCAUCACCUACACUCUACAGCCGGCUACGGCUGGCCAGAUUCUCGUCGAUCUCAUGGCGAACCUACUAGACAAGGCCUUUGGUAAAAUGCCUGGGGUCUACUGCGCUAAGGCCCAAGGCGCAAUCUACCACUUUCCGCGGGUCGAGCUACCAGCAGGUGCUGUCAAGGCGGCGCAGGAUGUGAAUGAGGCCCCAGAUGUGUGGUACUGCAAGAAGUUGCUCAAAUCUACCGGCGUGUGCGUCGUCCCUGGAGGGGGAUUCGGCAUGAGAAAUGGGCUGCAAGAUGAUAGGAUUUGGUUCCGAAUUUCAUUUUUGGAUGACGAGGAGGAUUGGGUGGGGGCCAUGGCAAAGUUCCACGGGGCUCUUUUGGAGCAGUACAAGGACGGGUAG